UAUUGCACAAAUGUGGGCAUUUUUUUUUUUUACCGUUCUCCAGCCAGAGAGGUGUGGCAUAUGGGGUGUGUCUCUGUGUGUGUGUGUGUCUAUAUAUGUGUGUACACAUAUAUAGCCACAUGAAUCACUUCCAGUUUAUUCACAUCCUUUUGAAAUCAAGUUGCUGUACACAGCCAGGUAAGUAAAAUACCUUAAUUUCUGUGAUGUGGGAGAACUAAAAGUUAUUAUUUCUACAUGUAAAAAACAUUAAAAGAAAGCAACAACGGCUGCAUAUAUGGAAUUUGUUUCCUAGAUGAUGGAGAGUGAACAGGGAAGCUAUGAAGAUAUUGCUUAUGCUGGGGAAAACAGUAAGCCAAUGGAAGGGGUUUUCCAUAGACAUUUAGAGGAGAGGGUCCGUCCUUAUAUUGAUCUGAUUGACUCUUUGAGACUGAUUGGUAUUGACGAAGAUUUGGCUUUGCCAACUAUAGCUGUAAUUGGAGAUCAGAGUUCUGGAAAAAGCUCUGUGUUGGAAGCACUGUCUGGAGUGCCAUUGCCCAGAGGAAGUGGUAUUGUGACAAGAUGUCCACUGGAGUUAAAGCUGAGGAAGAUUAAAUGUGGCAUUCACUGGAAAGCCGUAAUAUCUUACAAAGAACAGUUCAUUGAGUUUGAUGACCCAUCAUUGGUUGAGGGCUACGUUGAAGCAGCCCAGAAUGAGCUGGCUGGAGAAGGCGUUGGGAUUUGUGAUGAACUCAUCACUCUGGAGAUCAUGGCUCCUGAUGUGUGUGACCUCACACUGAUCGAUCUCCCUGGGAUUGCCCGAGUUCCUGUAAAAGGUCAACCUGAGGACAUUGGACAUCAGAUCAAAAAUCUCAUAUGGAAAUAUAUAGAGAAGGACCAAACUAUAAAUUUGGUCGUGGUCCCAUGUAAUGUUGACAUAGCAACAACAGAAGCUCUGAAAAUGGCACAGGAAGUGGAUCCUGAAGGAAAAAGGACAUUAGCUAUUCUCACAAAGCCAGACCUUAUAGACAGGGGAACAGAAAAAAACAUCUUGGAUAUAGUCCGAAAUCAGGUCAUUCCCUUAAGCAAAGGGUAUGUCAUCGUUAAGUGCCGUGGCCAAAAGCAAAUUGACGAUAAAAUCUCUCUGUCUGAGGCCACUCGAGUAGAGAGGGAAUUCUUCAGACGUCAUGAAUUCUUCAAUUGCCUGUUGUACGAGGAGAAAGCAACUAUUCAGUGUCUUGCCACCAAACUGACUCAAGUCCUGGUUGAUCACAUCAAAAAAUCGUUACCUCUGAUCUCAGAGGAGAUCAAGAAGCAGCUGUGGAGCUUGAGAAAAGAGCUAAGUCAGUGUGAAGCUGGUCCACCACUGGACCCACAGAAGAGGAAGACCUUUUUUAUUGAUACCUUGGCAAAAUUUAACGAUAAGAUCAACCGCUUGGCAUCUGGGGAAGUGGUUAACAAUGACAACUUGUUUAUAAUGCUUCGGUCUGAGUUCAAAAAGUGGAAAGAUCAUCUUGACAACACAAAGGCAUCAUUCCACAAAACGGUCCAGGAAGUGGUGAGUGAAUAUGACCUGAAGCACAGAGGACGUGAGCUGCCUGGUUUCAGUGACUACAAGGUGUUUGAAAUGGUGGUGCAGAAGCUUGUGAUCCAGCUAAAAGGACCAGCUAUUGAGACACUCAGGGUCAUCAGAGAAACCAUUCAGAAAGACUUUUCAAAUGUGUCCAAAACCUGCUUCAACACCUACCCUUUCCUCCAGUGUGUUGCUACGAACAAGAUCGACAACAUUCAGUCAAAGCAGGAAGCCAAGGUGGAGCAGAGGAUCAUGGAGCAGUUUGAGAUGGAGCAACUGGUCUACACUCAAGAUGGCAUCUACGUCAAGACCUUGGAUGCGAUUCACUCUGCUGAGGGACAAAAUGCUUCAGAAGACAACUUUGCUGGGUUUGACAACAGAAACAAAUAUCCUGAAAUGCUGCGGGCUUAUUAUGAGAUUGUGGUGCAGCGCUUGGCUGACCAGGUGCCCAUGCUGAUCCGUUACUUCAUGCUGAAGGAAUCCGCUCAGCUGCUGUGCAGUGAGAUGCUGGGAUUAAUGGACGGUGCCAACGUGGCCGAUGCCUUGCGUGAAGAGUCGAAUGUCAGCAGACGUCGCAUUGACAUGCAGAACCGCACGGACCGUCUUACCCUUGCUCAAGACAAACUCAGCAACUUUGUUUGAAGCCAGGGGGCCACUGUAUAGCAGGGUUUCACAUCCUUUCUAGUUUAGCACCUGAAUCAACCUAUCAGCUAAUUACAUUUGUCUGAAUGUGGUGUGUUAAAAGAGGGAAAAUGCUCAUCUCUGUUGGUUUGUGGCCCUUCACUACCGACACCAAUGAUCUACACAAACAACUUUUAUAUUUCCCAGAAAAGGCCCUGUGGACAUUAAGGACAUAUUGGUCUGUAGUUGUUUAUUUAAAUAUGCUCUAUUCAGAAUUAUUUAGGCAGAGGUGAGGAGCAGGAGUGAUGAAUAGCCUUAGUGCAUGAGUGGAUGCAGGUGGUUAAAAUUCCUGAUGUCAAAGAACCCUUGUGCAGUUCAAUAGUUUCUACUUCAGUAAAGGUUUUAUACAGGCUUCAUAGAAUUCAUGUUGUCUGUGCAAAAGGCCUUCUGUUUGCAAUGAGUUGUGUUUGUUGAGUUUGCCUCUGUAUUGUGUUUCUUAUGUUGUCUUGUUUUGGAGUUUGUCAUUGUAUUGUUUGUUGUAUUGUCUUGUUUUCUGGGGUGAAUAAAUGCCUGAAAUAAGGUCUGUGGUUAACACAAGCUCAAUAUAUGUUCUGUUCUCGUUUUAUACUACGCCAUAAAAUAUAUCAGUAAUACUCCACUCAGGAUUGUUUAAAAAGCUUUUACGUGUCUUGAAAAAGAUGGUUGCUAACAAGUGGCUAAAUGGGACUGCAGAGGUUGUCAGGGACAUUAAACGUCAUCAUGCCGAACAGGAAAUCUCAUCUACGACAUCACUGUUGUGUUUAUACUCGCACUCUCGCAAUGCAAACUUUCCAACUUGUAGAUUUAUCAAUUUAUAGUAUUUUCCAAUUGUAUUGUUUUUUUGUUUUUUUUUAAAAUAAAGAUUGAAAGAGUUGUCGGAAGCUUAGUGUUGGUGAUGUUGAAGUCAUGCAACCAUGGAGUAGUUCGUUUAUAGCCUAACAUUAGCUUUUUACUUCUAGCGAGUGUAUAGUCUUCAAAAUCUUAUGAAUCUUAUCUUAAUGAACGAAACAUGUAAGAAUCAUAAACUUUUGUUGGUCACAGAGUUUAUUUUCUGCAAUAAUCCAAAAGCCGAAAAAUCCUAUGGGCUUGGGAACCGAGAUGAUGCUAACUUCUGGGGUGGCCUACAAAAAUACGCAUAAAGGUAAUUUAUGCUGUCACAUAUUCAGAGCAGUUUAGCUGAUUGUAUGAUGAAAAGGGUCUUCACAUGACAAUGUGUGUGUCGUUAUCUUUUUAUGUACAUUCCAUCCACUUAUCUAAUGGUGAGGCAUGUCAGGUCAGAACACCCUGGUACAGAAUACACUCACAACAAGAAUUAGCAUCAAGAGAAUGAAACAGAUUUUAAGCAUAAGAGAAAGUAAAGAAAAAUCUCAAAAACAA